UUAUGUUGUGUUAUAUUAAGUUACAUGGUUACAUCAUCUCAGUGUUUUAUGAUCAAUAAGUUCGUUAGUGAAUGUAUUCCCUAAACGAAGGAAGUGUAUUAUUUUAAGUAGCAUUUGUUUUAAGUGCUUGAAACAGUCUGAAUAAAGUCAUUUCCAUGUUAUUUAGAUCACAAUUCUUUGGUCUUUGAAAAUCUUGGGACUCUAUCAACAAAUAUAAGAUAUCACUGACUAUAAGCUCUAUGUGUGCGAUUGUUUAGUGUUCAUAUUAAACAGAAAUCCCUGUUAUGAAAUCAUUUUCAGGCAUAAUAAAUCAGACUUUUUACAAUGAAUUUACAUCGUAUUACUUUUAUUAAUGACCAAUUAACAAUUUUCCCUCACCGGUGUUUAAACUGAAGAGAUGGCCGGUGGUAGGAGGAAUAUUAACCGCUCUGGGUCAUCUAAACAACAUGCCUUUUUUAAUGCUGAUGAUUCCAAAAAUAAGUGUACUCCUCCUGAGAAUAUAACAAAAGUUUCCCCCAAGCAUAUGCCUAUGCCAGCACUUCCUCAUGACAGCAAUAUAAUGUUUGAAAUUAUUAUGUUUGUUUACACUGGUACUGCAGUGUUUCUUCAGUUCCUUCAUCUCUAUCGGUCAGUUUGGUGGCUUCCAAAUUCAAAUGCGAAUCACGCUAUGAAUCUGUACCUCGUUGAUCCACAUCUCGUUGGUUUUAUUGUUACAAUUUUGGUCCGAAGAUUAAUCUAUGGCAUAUUGACUUACCUUAUUCUUCAUUGGGCUCCUGCUCCUUUAUGGACUUUACUGGAGCAAUUAAUUAGGCUGUUUUUACUUGGAGUAGUUAUGACUUGUCUUGUUUGGUGUGCCUUUCAUGUAAUGAGAACUCAUCCAUUAGUUAACAUAUUCUACUUAUGUUAUCCGAUUUCUGUAUAUUUUAUACUCUUUGGGCUAAGUAUUAGUCCAUUCUUUGAUGUCACCUCAAUUCCAUCUACUGUUCAAGAAGAUUACAAAAACAGAUUGAUUGGUAAACCUCUUCAUAGUUGUUCAUCUUCGCCCAAUGCUAUAAGGGAAGAAGUAGAAAAUUUGAGAUGCGAUUUUAACAAUAGAAUGAGACAAAUUCUAUUUAGUUCUAUGUUGAAUGGUUAUUAUGCUGGGUUUAUUCCUUGCUGUUUUGCUCAAAAUUUUCUAUAUUAUGAUGUUUAUUGGGCUACACAGCACCUAACAUUCAUAUGGAUUGGUUGUUUCACUAUGUACCUUGUUCAUUGCUACCCAGUGAAGUAUUGUGAUACAUUACAUAGAGCUGCUCUGCAUCUAGGUAAAUGGGUGAAAGUAGAAGGACGAGCUUGUCAUCUCCCUUCGCAUGUAUGGUCCGAUUCAAUUUUAUGGCAGCAAGGUGCACUUGUGAAAUAUAGUAAGGAGUUCUAUAAAGCAGAAGGCAUUUCAAAUGCUGCAGAACCAGGAAAUAGUUACCAUACCAGAUUUUAUAGCAUUUUCCACAAUCCAGCAUUUUUUCUAUGUUCUUUGGUCGGCCUUCAACUUUCAUUCGUUGUUCUCCAGCUUGUUAUUCUAAUGCGAACUACAGAAUGGUAUAAAAUAAUAUCAAUAUCCUUGCUUCUCUUCGCCAAUCACUAUCCUCUAUUUAAACUUGCCAGAGAUUAUCUUAUUUGCUGGAAAGUUUAUAAAGCAGAAGCUAUGAUUCAGGAUAAGGCUAAUGGAGGUUGAAAUUACUGCUGAUUCAUGAGACUGAUUUCAUAUUUAGUAGAUGUAGAUGAUACAAAACCUGAGGACAUUGAAAUAGUCACUUAGCUGACUCAUUUAUUUGUUUAUAAGAUAGUAGGUCAUAAUCCUUAAUUAUGAUCAUUUUUCUUCCUUUCAUUAAAAGACUGAAAAAACUUGUAUCACAUUUGGUGUAUAUCUAUUUCCCCAAAAAUCUUUUAUAACCUUUGAUACUUGUUUGUUGGAAUUAUUAUGAAGAGUGGUUAUUGUUUUGUUCCCAGCAUGUCAUGUUUUUUUGUAUUUUUUUAUGUCUAGUUUUAACCAUAGUUACCAGCCGGUGUUAGCUAAACUAUUAUGUUACUUUUAAACUUGAUUAUACUCAUCCAAAGAAUAAAUUUAGUUUAAAGUAAUUAACUGAUUAAUCAAUAAACCAUAUUGCCUU